CUUCACUCACAACCUCUAACCAAACACAACACCACGUAAUAACAACGUAAAUAAAUCCAAUCCAAUCCUACGCCUUAAAUCUGCAAACACCACACCAAGAAUUAAUUUUCCUUUAACAACAAGAAGAUUGACAAGUUUCCGCUAACGAGGGAAACCGUUCCAGUUAGCGUGGCUGUAGUAGCGGUUUAAUGGGCAUUAUUCAAUUACAAAUUUCGGUAAACCAAUAAUAAAUCAGGAAUGUAAUCUACUAAAUAAACCGACAAAGUGUACGUACAAGAUUCAAGAAUCCGAAAGUAAGUAAGUAACAUUACUCCCUCCCCUUGAUGAAAUCAUGUAGAUUCGGAUUCAACAAACAACAAGGAGCAGAGUAAAGCAGAGCGCUGUCAAUACAAUAGUUUUGUAGGGAGUGAAUUAAUUGCAAAACUUUCCAGGAAAAGGAGCUGGAACAGUUUGGAGAACAAAUCCAGCCAGGCAACCAACAUCAUCCUUCACUUGUUGGCUAUAUUAUGAACGUCCUCCUGGACGGCAACCAACUCUCUGAGCUUUCUCUCUCUCUCAGAACGAGGAGAAAGUAAAUAACUUUUGUUCUGACAAUUGCCAUUAUACUCUCUCCACAUCCAUCCAUCCAUCCAUCCAUCCGACGAGCCGAGUGUGUCCUGUUCAACGUGAAGUAUAACGAUUUGAAAUUCGUCUGGAAAUUAAAUCAGGACGACGAGUGGUGACUUUGUCGAGUGAAAUAAGUAAUGCGAUGCAAAGUGUGAUGUUUGAUGGAGUUGUGGGGUCAUUUUAUACGUAUGCAUUUCAGAAGCUUAUCGUUUCUCUCUCACAUUUCCCCAGAUAAGUGAAAUAUUAUACGUUAAAGUUCUGAUGAAAAGGAGUUUUUAAAGCGUCGUCGUGGUACAAUCUACUCGAUAAGAGCAUUAUCACAAAUCUUGCCCCUUUGGGAGGUACGCGAAUUUCUUCACCACGUGGUUACGUACUUACACCACCCCUGAAAUAAUUCCAGGGUCAGAAUGGUGGUGCAAUUAACAUGGAGAAAAAAAAGAAUAAGCAGUACAAAACCACCUCAAAAAUGGGAAGACUUUCGAGUAACAAUACGACCACACCACCACCACCUUUGGGUCCAGGCCCUCGGACAUUUUCAAUAUUAAGUGCGUUGAAUGAGCUGUCCAUAUUUGACAAAGUGUCCUAUCUCGAGCGAAACAAUGGGGUAGAAGAGCUUUCUCUCCCGGGACGUGUGGCAGCGGAAGACCACCAGAUAACCACCAGUGAAGGGGCAACCAAGCAGAGAAAGGCGCACCGUAUCACUGUUCCGCAUGAGACUGGGUUUUUUUCCGGGGCUGCUUUCACCCACCACCACGAGGACCACCACCACCACCCACCUCCUCGCAGACCACAAUCCUCCUCAAGCAGAUCAAGUGAUCACGUGGGAGGAGGAUUGCAUGGUGUCGAAUUCAACACGCCAAAACCACCAGACUGGAUCCAGAAGAUAUUCCUGCUUAUCAAAUCUGGAAGGCUGGAUGAAUUGAAAAUGUACCUUACCGGCCUCGACGCCACUGUGAUUCGCCACUUGGUCAACGCCAAGGGAGGAAACUUGCUCCAUUGUGCGGCCGGUGGGGGCAGCUUGGCACCUUGCAGUGGUUAGUUUCCAUCCUGGGACGUUUGGCGGACACGGCGCUGAACGACCGUGACCAGAGUGGACGGACCCCCAUUUUGAAAGCGCUCAAAAAAAAGAGACUCCCCUGUUUCCAAUGGUUGGUGCUAGAAACGUUGGCUGGGGGCAAGGCGCUCGUCCCGGUGGAGAGGGAACGCUCCCUCCUGCAUCACGCGGCCUGCGACGGAAACCUGGUCGCUGUCCAAUGGUUGACCCAAGUUCUUGCCGAGAGGGGAGUUUCCCUCGACUUGAAAGACAUGUCAACCGGGAUGACACCGUUGUGCGAGGCUGCCUCGGCCGGAAAAGUGCUCGUAUGUCAUGAACUCAUCUCACGUGGGGCGAACCCUUUACAACAGACAGAGCUUGGCUGGCGACCCAUGGACUACGCGAUCCGUCACAAUCAAAUCGAAUGCGCCAAUUAUUUAACCAUGGCGGAAACCGCGGCCUCCCUCGGAACCAUGUUACACGCCCGUCUCCAAGAAUUUCAAGCCCUGCAAGAAGACCACGACUCACUCCGGGGUCAUUUUCGGGAACUGCUCCGCGUCGGAAAAUGGUUGGCGAAGGAGAGGACGGAUCUGAUAAAGAAUUUCUCCUCCAUCGGACUCAAGUCUGCUAGUUCCUCUUCCCUUCUGGGUGGUGAAAACCUCGCUGGGACACGAUUUUCCGACAUGGAGCAUAAAUUGGGACAAGCGGAACAGGCUUCGAAGCAUCUUCUUCUCAGGAACAAGAACACCACCGGCAACAUUAGCACCAUCGCCACGGAGUCUCUUAUUGCUAACGGCGAUGCAUUUAAUCUCCAACACAUCCUGGCGGCUGCUCAACCAAGGUACGACGACCCACGUGGUCGUGGUCUCGGUGACCUCUCCCACCACCACCACCACCGCGCCAGGAAAAGUUCUGCCGCCUCCAGCAGCGACGACGAGGAGGACGACACCACCACGUUCCGCACCCCGGUGCCUAUUUUCCCCUACUUUGAUUCCAACCAGGUGGAGGUGCAAAAAUGGGGACAACCUGAUCAGAAGUCCUCCAUUGCCCCGUGGCUAUUGCCGAAUAACAAGUCGAGACUGGGAGAAAACGACGUGCUUUCUCUUUCCCCUUCGCCACUAAAUCAACUCGAUUUGGUGGUUGAGACUCCUCCGCAAGCGGUGCGAAUGUCCUCGUCGUCCUCGUCGACGUAUUCCUCGACCAAGAUGUCACGAGGAAAUUACGAAACAGGUGGAGGUGGAGGUGGAGCAGGUUACGAUCUCAGUUCGCCGGCAUUUUACAACAAUGCGGAGAAAGUCGUGUCAGCCACCAUUUUGGAAGUCAUCGAGCCAAAUUUGGUGUCCAUUAAGGGACCUCCAGACCUCAUCCGGGAAAGUACACGUGGCGACGUGACGAUAGACUCCCCGAAAAAGAAUUAUACCGAAAUCAGGGGGAGUUCUGCGUCCUCUUUGAAACAGCAUCUGAAUAAGAACAGCAACCUCGUCGGUGGUGGUGGUGGUGGGGAACCUCGUGUGCCAAUUAUUUCCAAUUCCGCUGCUCCUUCUAACAAGUGCCAAAAUCAUCAAUCGUCGUGCCGUGAUACAGAUGUGUUGCUCGCCACACCGCCACCGCCACCUCAUCCAUCAUCACGCCGCAGUCAUGGGCAAGUAAUGUGUCUCGAGGAAGAGGAAUCAUCAUCACCCCGCACCAAGGGGAACACAGUGUCAAAGGUUGACUUUGACGUUGACGUUAACGUUGACACUAUUAUUACCGAGGAUAAACCGAAACCAGGGCGACUCAGACUGAAUUCUACCACCGUGACCACGACCAGGUUACCCGAUACCACCACCACUUUAGACGUCGUCACACUUCGUGACCAUGACCCGAUUGACUUAUCCACCACCACUCAGCAUAACUUCCAUCAUCCCUAUGACGAAGAUAUCUCCUCCUACACCAGCUCGGCCCCACAAGAUCACCUCGUCGUCCUCCUCCCAGAAAGCAUUUCCACAUCAAACACACCUGUGUUGCGGCGUUCUUUCUCAUCUUUUUCCCACUCGUCAAGCACCGUCCUCCUCCCAAGUACCACCACCACCACCCAAGGCAGCUGCCCGCUAAUGAGUCUCGAGUCAAGAAGUCUUCUCCACGACCCCACCACCCACCCCUCCCCAUCCCCAACACCAUCAUCCGAAGCAUCCCACACCGAGUCGGCCCUCGCUCCGCCACCAUCCCACGCCUCCGGGGAUGCCGGCUCUCACACCGAGUCGGCCAGAGAAGAGGAACAUGUGGCUGUAACUGAGACGACGAAAUCUAAUCAUGAACUACUUCAUCUCGAAACGGGACAAGAAACCCAUCUGUUUGGAGAGAAUAAUCAGCUCCAAAGAGGAAAAAUCUUACCAACACCACCACCACCACGUGACGACCAAGAGGAAAAUAAUGCCCCUCAGCCACCAGGACGACCACCGCUUGUUUCUCCGUCAUCAUCAUCAUCGAGAAUCUAUAAAGCCUCCAUUCACUACGUCACAAAAAAUGGGCGUCGGCAGCCCCAGCAGCAGAGGAAAGCUUGGUACGAGAUUGAAGCCUCGGACGAAGAGGGAGAUGAAAAUUCAUUCCUUCGACAGCAGCCAAGACCAUCACCAGGCCCACAGUCCACCAUCCAGCAACAACCCAAUAAUACCACCACCACUUCCCCAAGUCAGACUCACUUGUCAGUUUCAAACCAUGGCAGCCCUAGUAACUCUAAUAAUAACGAGCAGCGUCAUGAAUGUGAUACCACGACCACGACCACGGCCUCCGAGCUAAAUUGUGCAGACAUUGUGUGAAUUCAAAGAUCACGGAGAUUCUCACUUUCUCCGUAUGCUUUCUCUUUCUCCUUUGAAGAGUAGUGAUGGCUACCUAAAAAGAAUAUGUAAAUUUUGAUGAGCUGUCGGAUCUCGCAGCAAUUUCUUUACGAGGCACACUUUCACUUUCUCGUCAUCUCGUAACAAAGAGGACACGAAGACGAAGAAGAAGUGGUCUUAACGAGGCGACGGAACAAGAAGUGGUGGUGUGGAUAUGGCCGGCAUAAAAAUCUGACUGUGCCAUGUACCAUGUACAAAUCUUGGACACCUUCUUCCCCUUCUUCUUCUCCCCCCGCUUUCACCACGGCCCAGGAAAAAAGAACGAACAUGAAUAACCUUUCCCACUUAUUGCUCAGGGUUUUACGUGCAGAUAAAAAAAAUCCGAGAGACGAGGAGGUAGACCUCCUACCAACUUUCUAAUGGGCAACGAGGGCUUUCUCUCUGCCAAUUCGGGACGAUUAUCCUCCUCACCGCUGCUACCGCCGUGGACGGGAACGUUCCAAAAUUUGUCGCCAAAUAAAUCUUCUUAAGUGUGCCGCUCUCUUAGGAAAAUUGCGACUGAUUGAUACACUUGAAGAGAAAGAGAAAGAGAAAGUUGGACUGAUUUCAUGAGUGCAAAUUUACUUUUUUUUAUGUCAUGUUUUUUUUCUCUCUCUCUCUCUACUUUCAAUAAUAUUGAGUACAAAGAAAAUAAAAAAAAGAAACUCGACUUUCCCCCUGUGGAGAGGUUGUCUCAGAAAUAAAUGAAUCCUUCCCGAGUAAAUUUAUUUAAGGAGGCAGAUUGAUUGUUGAACCUCCUCCUCGGCGGCAUUGAGUUGAUUAUUAUUUUUAUUAAUCGUUUCCUGUCCAAGGUAUAAAAGUGAGAAUCCCCGUGUUUCAUUCACUUCAUUCUUUCUCUGCAAACUGUUGGUUGCUCGGACCAACGAACGAGAUCUGCUUUCUCCUCCCCAUAAAAAAGUAGCUUUUGGGAAUUGUCAUCCCGCGUAAUGGGUCAGUGGUCGUCAUUGUUACUUUUGUGGGGCACGGUGUUCGGCUGCCUGAGCGUGGCUGCCGGGUCUCUCGGAGUGCGGCAGAGAUCCGUCGAGUCUUGUGGACCUCAUCCAUUAAUUGCUCUAUUGGCCGCGGCCUCACGUCCAUUCGCCACGUCCGCAUCCUCCCUCAACGAUCUGAUCCGCGAGGUGCGACGAGAUCCCGGCACUUGGUCCGAGAUGCAAAUCCUCCUCCGUCGAUAUGACGACUGCGUUCGUGCAGGUGAUGGCUUGCACUAUAAGAGAUCCUCCUCCUCCGCCAACAUUUUCCUCACAAAUUUUCGCGACAAAGACCAACCGUUACUUCAACCCCAGCAACUUUCUCCCUUCAUUCUACACUCUCCCGCACCAUCUAAUCCCGACUUGGAUUCUCCUGUUGGCAAUGUUCCUGAAUUUUGAAACCACACCACAACCAA